CCAAGUUCCGCGGAGUUGGCGAGGCGGGUGCCGUCUGUCCCGUGCUGCGCGCUCCCUUCCGCGCGCUCCCUUCCGCGUUCCGCUGUCUGCCCCGCCUGGCAACCCGGCCCUUCUCCGGGGCCGCUAGCCAUGGCCGGAGCGCCCUGGAAGCAGCGCUGACGGCGGCUGGCUGAGUGCGCCAUGCCCAGCAGGAUGGACCCCAAGAUGGACCAGAGCGGCGGCCGCGGCCGCGUCCGUCUGAAGGCGCACUACGGCGGGGACAUCCUGAUUACCAGCGUGGAUGCCAUGACAACAUUCAAGGACCUCUGUGAGGAAGUGCGAGACAUGUGUGGCCUGCACCAGCAGCACCCACUCACCCUCAAGUGGGUGGACAGUGAAGGUGACCCUUGUACUGUGUCCUCACAGAUGGAGUUGGAGGAGGCCUUCCGCCUGGCCUGUCAGGGCAGGGACGAAGUGCUCAUCAUUCAUGUUUUCCCGAGCAUCCCAGAACAGCCGGGCAUGCCUUGUCCUGGAGAAGACAAGUCCAUCUACCGCCGUGGAGCCAGAAGAUGGAGGAAGCUGUACCGAGCCAACGGCCACCUCUUCCAAGCCAAGCGCUUUAACAGGGGAGCGUACUGCGGCCAGUGCAGCGAAAGGAUAUGGGGUCUCUCGAGGCAGGGCUACAGGUGCAUCAACUGCAAGCUGCUGGUCCAUAAACGCUGCCACGUCCUCGUCCCGCUGACCUGCAGGAGGCAUAUGGAUUCUGUCAUGCCUUCCCAAGAGCCUCCAGUAGAUGACAAGAACGAUGGUGUAGACCUUCCUUCAGAAGAAACUGAUGGAAUUGCUUAUAUUUCUUCAUCUCGGAAACAUGAUAAUAUCAAAGAUGAUUCUGAGGACCUUAAGCCUGUCAUCGAUGGGGUGGAUGGGAUCAAAAUCUCUCAGGGGCUGGGGCUGCAAGACUUCGACCUCAUCAGAGUCAUCGGGCGUGGAAGCUAUGCCAAGGUCCUCCUGGUGCGGUUGAAGAAAAAUGACCAGAUUUACGCCAUGAAGGUGGUAAAGAAGGAGCUUGUCCAUGACGACGAGGAUAUCGACUGGGUGCAGACAGAGAAGCAUGUGUUUGAGCAGGCGUCCAGCAACCCCUUCCUGGUUGGCUUACACUCCUGCUUCCAGACAACGAGCCGGUUGUUUCUGGUCAUCGAGUAUGUCAAUGGGGGGGACCUCAUGUUCCACAUGCAGAGGCAGAGGAAGCUUCCAGAGGAACAUGCCAGGUUCUAUGCUGCUGAGAUCUGUAUCGCUCUCAACUUCCUGCACGAGAGGGGGAUCAUCUACCGGGACCUAAAACUGGACAACGUCCUCCUCGAUGCCGACGGACACAUUAAGCUGACGGACUACGGCAUGUGCAAGGAAGGUCUAGGCCCCGGUGAUACAACAAGCACUUUUUGUGGAACCCCGAACUAUAUCGCCCCCGAAAUCCUGCGAGGAGAAGAGUACGGGUUCAGCGUGGACUGGUGGGCACUGGGUGUCCUUAUGUUUGAGAUGAUGGCUGGGCGCUCCCCCUUUGACAUCAUCACGGACAACCCUGACAUGAACACUGAAGACUACCUUUUCCAAGUUAUCCUGGAAAAGCCAAUUCGGAUUCCCCGUUUCCUGUCUGUCAAGGCCUCACACGUCUUGAAAGGAUUUUUAAAUAAGGAUCCCAAAGAGAGGCUUGGCUGCCGGCCACAGACUGGGUUUUCCGACAUCAAGUCCCACGCUUUCUUCCGCAGCAUAGACUGGGACCUGCUGGAAAAGAAGCAGACCCUGCCUCCCUUCCAGCCCCAGAUCACAGAUGACUAUGGCCUGGACAACUUUGACACGCAGUUCACCAGCGAGCCUGUACAGCUGACCCCAGAUGAUGAGGACGUCAUAAAGAGGAUCGACCAGUCCGAGUUUGAAGGCUUUGAGUACAUCAACCCGCUUCUGCUGUCUGCUGAGGAGUCCGUGUGAGGCCAUGAGCAUCUCUGUUGUGGACACGCCUGUGAAUGACCCUGUCACUUUACCCUUAACUACAGCAUAUGCAUGCCAGGCCGGGCACCGAGGCUCCAAGCAGCCAGGGAGGGAUGCUGGCCACCAAGACCGAAGAGGGGCGUCCAACAGGCACUUCUAGACAGAGCAAUCUCUUGUGUCCAGGCCCCAGAGGCUGGCUUUGUGCUGAAGGAACCGCUUCCUGUGCACAGAGGCCCUACCGGAGGGUGAGACAGCCAGCCACGCCGUUUGGAAAAGUGCACAUCUUCCACAGAAACAGAACUCGAUGCACUGACCCGCUCCAGGAAAAGUUAGCGUGUAAUGCCCUGAGGAAUAAAGUGUACCGAUGAUGUCGAAGCUUCCUCUGAUGCCUUUUUUCUGUGGCACCCGCCUGAUGUCCCCAGCACAGCCCCCACAUGAGGAGGAGCUGUGCUUUCUGAGCAGUCAGGACAUAGGCAGGGGACAGGCACCCAAGUGCCUGCAGGGAUGCGCUGCAACAAGAAUUGUUACAGAUUCGGAACGUUUUCUAAAUCCCGGUAAGUUCUGUUGUUAAUAUUUAACAAGUAUUUUCAUACCUAGCACAGCUAGCCAUGGUAGGCCAAGGCCGAAGGGACACCCUUACCAGGUUGGUGGCACUGUUCCCACCAACCGUUUGGACUCUGAUGGGGAAAAUUGGAUCAUAGCGAUUCUAAAACAUUGCUCACCAAAGCACCAGUAAACCAAAUAAAUAGGUAAAUAAAUAAAAAGGGAAAAUAAUUGAAAACUAAAUCCGCACAAAAUAUAUUUCUGAAAACACUAGCCAGUGCCUCCAAGACGUCUUGUGUUAUACAUUAGAUUUUUUGGAAAAUAUUUUUAUCAUUAAUACUCCAGAUUAGGAAAUUUAAAGACAACGUGUGUGAUGGACCCUAGCCUUAAAGUGACAGACUACCCAUAAUCCCACACUCUUCCUGAGGAAGCACGCCUGCUUCCAUAACUGCUGUGCUCAGCCAUCCUCCUCUCUAGGUUAGUUCCAAAGGCCAGCCCAAGGCUUUCUGGGAAGAGGUCAGCUAACGUUACCCUUAGCAGGUCAGGUGUGGCCAUGGCUUACCCACCUUUGUCGUGGGCAGGAGAUGGAGAAGGUACACCGCAGUGACUGAGCACCCCAGGUCCACCCAAGCCAGGCUGGCCCAUAUGGCAAACAUGCUACACACCCCCAACCCUGCCAGGUUGAGACCCUGAGUCUCCACGUCAGGGCAGAGUGGAGUCUAGUCUCCGGUCAUAUUUGCUUCAUGCCUUGGGGCUGGUGGCCCUGACAACAAUCAGAGUUGGAGAAAAUGAAAAUUUUAGAGGCGCUGUUACGGUGCUGCCCUGCUUCUCCGUGACGCCCAGUGGCCACCCACAGCCCUCACCCCAAAACACUCAGGUUUCUCAGGCCAUCGCCAUGUCUGGCACUGAAACAUGUCAGAGCCACACCCAGAUCCAUGGUGCUGGGACAGAACAGGCAGCCCAGGUUUCUGACACCAUAUCCCAAAUCCAGGCUUCUGGGUGGCUCUGUGUCUCCUAUUGAUCAUGGACACAUUUUAGCCAGCACUCCCUGUGUCCAUUGGUAAGAUAUGUCCCCAACUAGUCAAAAAAAUGCAAAUAGAGCCUAAGAGCCGAUUUUUGGGCCUCCCAGGAGUACCCAGCCCAGCCUAGGGGCCUCUCACAGGUACCCAGCUCAGCCUGGGGGCUUUCCAGGGGUACUUAGCCUAAUCUGGGGGUCCAAGUGGCUGGAGCCCCAAUCUGAGGCCUGUGUUGUCACAGCUGCCCAUGAGUUGAGCUGCUAAGAUAAAGAGCCCGCAGAUGAUCCAAAUGAAAACGGGCUCCUGCGAGCCUCCUUUCCUCCCAGUGUGCUGCCUAGGGACAGCACCAACUCCUUUGCCCAGCCAGCACAGGAACCCUGGAUUGUUAGACAUGGGGGUGUUUAUUUGGAUACUGCCCUAUUGCCAAAUGACUUGCUGGUGACUGGUUCGGCUGCUCAUGUACAAAUGUGUGAAUAACAUUGUGCCCACCAGAGGGGGAGAUUUUUAUAUAUAGCAAUUUGUUUUAUAAAUUAAAGAAAGUGAAGGAUGUAUUGAAAUGUGACUACUUGGGGGGGGUGGGAAACACCCUAAAGUUUGCAAAUGGCUCCGGGCAAGAAAGCGUGUGUUCUCAGACACUGGUGACUUCAUGAUUGUAACUCGGUAACCAUGUGGUUUUGUACAAUUGAUCAGUGGAGCCCAUCGCCCGCCGGCGUUCCUUCUGUGGGCGAUAUCUUCGCCCUCCACGGCCAAGGUCGUUCUUACUCUUGCACAUCCAUUAAAGACUUUGAUGAAAAUG